AUGCCAAUGAGAAGACGAGUACACACAACAUAUUCUUGGGCCGCGCUAGAGGAACUCGAAAGACCUAUGGGCAACAAAAUCGAAACCCCAAUCCCCCUUCAAGAACUUAUGAAUGCUCUAGCAAACAUGCGUCUCAACCCAAAAUACAGUGACUUCACCAUUUUGUGUGGUGAUGAGUCCUUCCCUGCCCAUAAAUGUAUAGUCUGCCCGCAAUCAGAAUUCUUCUCUGGUGCCAUGGAUGCAGAUUUCAUUGAAGCUACCACCAAUACCGUCGAGAUCCAAGAAGAUCCGACUUUGAUGAAGCAGGCGAUUGAGUACUUAUAUACUUUGGACUACCAAGUCAUAUCUCACAAUACAACAAAACGAAGUCACGGACAUGGCAAUGGUUCGAGCCUUACAAGCUCGAGUCGCCAAAUUCCUAAUGGUGAAGUGGUUACAUCUACACUGCAGGGAGCUCGGGAGACCUCAAAUCAAUCUCCUGAUACAACCGAUGCUGGAGAUACUACUCGUAUGCUCGACCCUCUCUCAUCCCACAUACAGAUAUACUCUCUCGCGGACCGUCUCCUCAUUACAGGAUUGAAUGCCCUCGCCCAAAAAAAGGUUGAACAUGAAAUGGUUCAAAGACUAGACGCGACUUCGUUCCCGCAGGCAGUCUUGGAAAUCUACAAUUCAACGCCUAAAAGUGACAGAGAUGAGACAGCUGAUGCUAUCUUGCAAGACACUCUCCUUGAUUCCGUUCCACAAUUCGCACGUGACUUGCUGAUCGCGAUGAUGAAGAAGUCCGCGACCGCAUGAGGUAAAAGUGAGAGCUGUGGAAGGAACAGGACUGAGCAGAAUAAAUGGUAAGGACAGAACUGCCAAUGUAGGUGGAAACGCAACCAGAGAUACUCAAUUUAUCGGACGACAUUUCUGCAUACCGAAGUAUAUCACUGCCUUGAUCCUUCUUUAGUUGAGAACUGAGAUAUAUCUACU